AAAAAAUUUAUUACCAGCGAGAAACUGCUCGGUUGGGGAUUUUAGUUUAUUCGUGAGGUAUCGCCGACUCCAGCCGCCUCUCCAGUGGCCCUAGCUGCUCCUAAAAUACCCCAGCGCGCCGUUUCUUUUCUUUCCUUUCUCCUUAUGAUCCUUUCUGCGCCGAUUGAACCCCAAACCUAGACAAACAACAUGGCUAUACACGAGUCGCCUGCCAUCCAGGAUGGCCCCAACUAUGAUGACAACUUUGCCGACGUGGAGAAGAAGGAAUAUGGCGAUGACGCCCCAGCCAACGACCCAUUUGGAAAUGAGGAAGAAGGAGAAGUCAAGUACCGUGUGAUGAGUUGGUGGCAAUGUGGAAUGUUGAUGAUUGCAGAGAAUAUGUCCCUGGGAAUUCUCUCUCUCCCAUCUGCAAUGGCAACGCUGGGACUGGUUCCAGGUGUCAUUAUCCUGAUCGGCAUGUCCGGCGUCUCAUGGUACACAGGUUAUGUUAUUGGACAGUUCAAACUCCGCUUCCCCCAGACGCACAGUAUGGGAGACGCUGGAGAGCUUAUUCUGGGCCGCUUCGGACGGGAGGUCAUGGGUAUUGGCCAGCUUCUACUCUUGAUAUUCCUGAUGGCGAGUCAUAUUCUUACCUUUUCGGUCUUGUUCAACACCAUCACUGGCCAUGGAACCUGCACGAUUGUUUUCGCCGUCAUUGGCAUGAUCGUUAGCUUCAUCGGCGCCCUUCCACGUACCAUGAACAAGGUGUAUUGGAUGUCUGUCGCAUCAUGUAUUAGUAUCAUCACGGCGACUAUUGUCACCAUGAUCUCCAUUGGAGUCCAAGCUCCCCCGGAUGUGCAAGUCGAUGCGACCAGAGAUGUCAGCUUCCAGGACGCUUUCUUGGCCGUGACCAACAUCAUCUUUGCUUACAUCACCCACGUUGCCUUCUUCGGACUGAUCUCGGAGAUGAGAGACCCUCGCGAAUUUCCCAAGUCUCUGACCAUGCUUCAAAUCGUGGACACGUCCAUGUACGUCGUCACCGCGAUCGUCGCCUACCGUUACGCCGGACCCGAUGUUGCAUCCCCUGCCCUUUCGUCUGCCGGACCUGUGAUGAAGAAGGUCGCCUACGGCAUUGCUAUUCCAACUGUUAUCAUCGCCGGUGUUAUCUAUGGUCACGUCGCCUGCAAGUACAUUUACGUCCGUGUUUUCCGUGGAUCUGACCACAUGCACCAAAAGAGCAUGCUUUCUGUGGGAACCUGGGUUGGUAUCGCGCUCGCCCUAUGGCUCAUUGCAUGGGUUAUCGCUGAGUCCAUUCCCGUCUUCAACGAUCUGCUCAGUUUGAUCAGUGCCCUGUUCGGCAGUUGGUUCAGUUAUGGAUUCCCCGCCAUCUUCUGGUUGGUCAUGAACAAGGGCGUCUGGUUCUCCUCUCCCAGAAAGAUUCUCCUCACCAUCGUGAAUGUGAUCAUUCUCGGCAUCGCCUGUGCCAUUUGCGGUUUGGGACUCUACGUCUCGGGUAAAUCGAUUCAUGAGAACUCCUCGUCCUCCAGCUGGACCUGUGCCAACAACGCCGUUUAAAUAUCUUCCGCGGCAAUCUCGACCGCUCGAGCUACGUGAACACCACGCAUAUCGUGAUACGAAUUGAUGUUGAGAUUGGCAUGUUAGAAACAGCCAUUGCGAUUAUAGCGGGCCUAUAGUGUUGUGACUUGUCAAGUCACUGGAUUCAAGGCUGUUCUAAUUGUUAUAUAUAUAUAUACUCCUUGAUCGGUAUAUUAGAGGCCGUCAAGGAUUCUAUACUGUACAUAGAAUAUCUAGAGAGCGAGUUUCAUCUUUUUACAUACAACAUGAAGUCAAAUGAACAUAAUCAUUUCCAUUCCAGUAUUGCCCAGAUAGAUGGCAACGAUCAUGGAUAUCGUGACUGUCAGCGGCCUCUGCACUACACCUAUGGUGCCCCUAGUGCCACAUAAUGCCAAUGCUCGCUCGCUACCUCGUAUACUGAAACUUUAUCCAAUUACGAAUGUAUCUAUUUACUUUGCUGCCUA